AUGCGUACCACAUUCUUUGCCCUGUCAGGGCUGUCAUUUUACGCGUUUGCUCAAGAUCCUGUUCCUGAUGCCGCGGUUGCUGCCUCCGAGGCUUUCGUUCCACCAGUGAUUGACACAUCUAUAGAUGUGCCCCUGGAUCUGCACCCUACCAGUAGCGAUGCUAUUGUUGUUCCUGAGUCAACUACGGAAGUGGAUCCCGAGAUCACCACUGCCCAGGUACCCACUUUUCAAGACACUUCGACAGGACUUCCAAUUGUUGUAGACAGUAGCACUCUUCCAGUACCUGUCGAUACUACUACUGGUCCUGCUUCUGUCGUCGACAUUAGUACUGACUCGACCCCUGCCAUUGACACCGCUGAGCCCAUUGCCCAAGAUACUACCACUCAACCCCUCUUUCAAGGCACAGCUACUGGCCAGCCCUCUGUUAUUGACGCUAGUACUGGCUCUGCACCUGACAUUGACGCUAGUACUGGCUCUGCACCUGACAUUGACGCUAGUACUGGCUCUGCCCCUGUCAUCAACACGGGCACUCAGCCCACCGAUCAAGACCCCACAACUCAACCUAUUGUUCAGAGCACAACUGUCGGGCAGCCUGUCGUUGCUGAUACGACCUUAGAGCAACAGCCCCCCGUUGACAGCACUACUACUGGUGUUCCAUCUGUUGAGACGACCGCUGAGAUUUCAUCCGCUGAGACGACCGUUGAGAUUUCAUCCGCUGAGACGACCGUUGAGAUUUCAUCCGCUGAGACGACCGUUGAGAUUUCAUCUGCUGAGACGACCGCUGAGAUUUCAUCUGCUGAGACCAGUACUGGCCCACCUGCAGAGACUACCAUUCAGCAGGAGUCUGUUCAAGACACCACAACAACAGCCGCUGGGCAACCUGUCAAGACCACCUCUCCAGAAGAAGUCAAGACCACCGAGGAGUCCAAACCAAGCACCAAGGACGAGGAACCUGCCAUUACACAGGCCCCAACCACAACCGCUGCAGCGGCUGCCACAGCUAGCGUUUCCUCCGUUUCGUCUGAGGUGGCCGUUUUGAUCCCCAUUAUAAAUAAAUGGGCCGAAGAUCCUGACUCUCUUACUGAUGAGACUAACAAGAAGGUUGAGGAUACGCAUGACGAUAUCAUCGCUGUGAUAGUCGGCCUGGGCGGCAAGCCUGAUGUUGCCUGCAACAAAAAGCGAGGUCUCGGAAUGCGAAGGCUCAAAGGGCGAGGUCUUCUGGGACCUAUUGGCGAUGUCAUCAACAAGCUCGCUUGCAUGGCUCAGGACCUUACCAAGAUUUCCAGUAACAUCAUCGCUGGCAACGUACCGGCCGUCACCAGCGUUAUUCCUCAAGUCAAGAGCCAGAAUGAUGACCUGACUGAGGAAGAGGAAAACAAGAGUAACGAGAGUAAGGACUCUACCAAGCAGGAAACGACAAAGCAGGAAACGACAAAGCAGGAAACGACAAAGCAGGCUACUACCGAAAGCCCUACUUCGACAGAGGAGUCUACUACGACCGAAGCUACUACCACAGCUACUAGUGAUAUGAUCGUUUGUGCUUCUGGAUCCUGCGGUGGUGGCAGUUGCCCUAUAGGACUAGGCAGUAGUGGAUCGAUGCCAGAACGGAUGAAAAGCAUACCUCGCGAUGUCAACUGUCAGGACAUUCCCACCACAACCAUUGACGGACCUCUCCCUACUGGCCCCAUCAGCUUGGACGGUUCCAAGAGCGACAAGGGCCUCAAUGCGCGAACGUUUUUUGACGGCGACAUGACCCCCAAUCCCGCAUACAUUGAUAUUCUCAGCAUGAACCCCGACACCACCUGGGAUGAUCAGAGGAUUCUGACCACGGGACACUGGGUUGGCGCACCUCUCGACGAUGGCUGGUCAGCGGCGGGAGUAAACGGCAUAUAUGGCUGCACAGCUGUAUUGAUCGUGUCAAACCUUGGUGUUUAUACGUCACAUAUCUGGGAGGUCCCUGGUUUUAUCGAUGAAGUCGAUUUCAGGCCUACAUCUGACGACUUUUUUGAGACCAAUGUUUUCCAAGUUCUUCGCAAUGGUGCCCUAGACGCCACAGACAUCACUUCUGCAACUGGUAUCAGUACUCUUAUUGGCACAGACGGUGCUCCGGGCCCCCUUCACUCCCAAUUCGAGCCUCAGGUCUUUGUCGUCACCCCUUUCAACACUAAUCAGAGUCCUGAGAACCCUUCAAUGUAUCGUUAUGAAGCGCGAGCGAAGCAGUUGUCCGACCAAGUCACCGAUAUGAUUCCGGGCGCCCUUGCUAGAGGGGUGUACGGAUAUUGGCCCUUAAACGGACACGUUUCGACCGGCGGAGGGUACCGUGGCCGCACUAUCGUCGAGUUUGAUAUGCUUGAUGGUUUAAUCGCUAGUGAAGAGGACCCUAAUAAGCACCAGGCCAUUGGAAGAUGGAGAUUCUGGGUCGAGGAUAAUCUUUGGGCUACACAUAGCUUCAACGUUUACGACGAUUUCUUUGACUAUGCGGGUGCUGAAGCAGGCAUUCCUUCCAACGGAAAUCAGAAACGUGAUGAAGAUGACGCUGUUCACAAGUGCUUGAUCCGCGGCGACGUUACCGCAACUACAUCAGAUGUCACUUCCUCUACCGAGACUACCGCUGCCGACGCCCCUUCCUCUACCGAGACUACCGCUGCCGACGCCCCUUCCUCUACCGAGACUACCGCUGCCGACGCCCCUUCCUCUACCGACGCCCCUUCCUCUACCGAGACUACCGCCGCCGACGCCCCUUCCUCUACCGAGACUACUGCAGACUCCACUACUGAUGGAGAGACUGCCGGAACAGCGGAGGCCACAGCCACCGGAUCUGACACUUUACUGCCAACCUUGACAGUCAGCACUCUUAUCACCACUACCAAAGCUGUCACAAGAUCGACAACUAGCGAGGAAGCACGGACCUACUACCCUUGUGUUAUCUACGGCGGCCCUCGUGUCAGCAAGCCAUACUGCCAGUGCAGCACCACCGUCUCCGGCAAGCAAUAUGUCGCUACAGCUUCUCUGAUCGACAACAGUUGCGCAGAAUACACCUCUUAUCCCUCCCCAGUUGUCCCUGUCACCGCUGCCCCAGUCACCCAAGCUCCCAUUCAGACCCCUUUGACAACCACCAAACAAGGCACUGUCUUGGUUUACUCAGCCUACACGUUCCAGUACUUCCGCGUGAACACCAUCCACAUAACGGCAACCGUCGGAUAUGGUGAACCCUCGACUGUUUCCACCCCUCUGCCCAGUCAAACUGCUGUUGAUAACGACGGCAGCGGUCAGUGUGGAACGAGCGACAGUUUAUCCAAGCACGGCUUCGGUGACGCUUGUGACAGAGCCAUUAAUAGCUUUGAUGCCGAUACUGUGUACACAGGCUUCACUUCCAGGUACAGUCAACUAAGAAAGGGUAUCCUCAUGGCUGCUUCAAUGGGCACAGCUUCUUGUCUUGCCAAGUUUGAGUGUGACGACUAUGGUAUUGGUAUGAAGGGAAGUGAUAUCAUUGCAGCUCGGGAAAAAGCUAAGAAGGAUGAUGGUAUUUGGAUCUGUGGACAUAUCCGUCUGUCGAACUCGUGCAGUGUCGUUAUGGAUUACUGCACAGAUUGCCACAACAGGGGUUAG